AUGUCAUCCAAAGACUUCAUCAUCAAGCACAUGAACGCCGACCACCAAGAUUCCCUCGUACUAUUCCUACAAGCCUACUGCGGUAUCACAUCCGCCCAAGCCAAAAACGCCCAAUUAGAAGAAAUCAGCACCUCCUACCUGAUCAUCACCGCUCACGGUACCCGCUACAGCGUCCCCAUCGAACCGGCAAUGAAGGACUACUCGGAGGCACGCGGCCGAAUGGUUGCUAUGCACAAGGAGAGCCUAAAGCGUCUGGGCCGCAGCGAGAUCACACUCACUGAGUACCGUGCCCCGCGCGGCAUCCAGGCUGUGAUCUUUGUGCUGUGUUUUCUGUUCUACAUCACCUGCUUUCAACGCAGCAAUCUGCAGCCUGGCUCGGAAUUCUACGAGUAUUUGGGUCUCCAGCGUGUGCCCUGGUUUCCGCGCCUCGUCUGCAUUCUCCAGCCGUAUGUCGUGGCUAUUCAUAUCAUUGAGACCGUGUUGCUAGUUGUGACUCAACUAAAGCCCCUGAAUGUGCCUGUUAUGUCGGGUUUGUGGUGGAAGUGGGUUGCGUCGUGUUUUGUUGAGGGUUACGGUUCGUUCUCGCGCAUUAAGAAGUUUGUGAAGGAGCAGAAGGCGAAGAAGAACGGCAAGAGCCAGUAG